GGGCGCUGUGUCAGUAAAUAUAUGUAUGUGCAUUAUCACCGAAUCUGUGGGUAUACGUCCGUGCUGCUGACACUACCUCAUUCACAUCAAUGGAAUGCAUUUUCAGUUGGAGAAAUAUCUUUGAAAGUCAUGAAAGUUUAUAAAAACUUGUGCCAGUAGAAGCUAAAAAUGUCUGGGUUCAGUCCGGAGCUCAUUGACUACCUGGAAGGUAAAAUAUCUUUUGAGGAAUUUGAGAAACGUCGCGAAGAGAGACAAGCAAGUGAGAAAAAGGAUUCUUCAGCUCUAGGAUUACUAGAAACCACAGCGUGUGACCCAGAUGAUCCUAAUGUCCCAUCUACCUCUGGAAAAUGUCUCUCCAAGUCUACCAUCUACAAUGAGGAUAACGAAGGUGAAACAUCAGAUGGUGUCAGCAAGUCGGUUCAAAGAGUAUUUGCAUCAAUGAUUGGAGAAGAUGAAAAAGAUGAUGGAGAGGAUGAAGAUGAGGAAGAUGAAGGAGAAGAAAUCUCAGAGCAGCCUUCUGCUGGUGAUGUCUUUGCCCUGGAAAUGGAAAUUAACAGAGAAAACAGAAAGAUAAUGAAGGCAAAAAGACCUCGCAGUAAGCUCCCCAAAGCUCUCCGAGGCCUCAUGGGAGAAGCCAACAUCCGUUUUGCCCGAGGGGAGGCAGAAGAUGCCAUAUUGAUGUGUAUGGAAAUCAUUAGGCAAGCUCCUCUGGCUUAUGAGCCAUUCUCAACGCUUGCAAUGAUAUACGAGGACCAAGGGGACAUGGAGAAGUCUCUGCAGUUUGAGCUGAUUGCUGCUCAUUUGAACCCCAGUGACACAGAGGAAUGGGUCAGACUGGCAGAGAUGUCUUUGGAGCAAGACAACAUCAAACAAGCUAUAUUCUGCUACUCUAAAGCUCUGAAGUAUAAUCCUACUAAUGUCCGUUAUUUAUGGGAGAGAUCCAGCCUAUAUGAACAGGUUGGGGAACAUAAACUGGCCAUGGAUGGAUACCGGCGCAUCCUGAAUCUGUUGUCUCCUACUGAUGGCGAACGUUUCGUGCAGCUGGCGAGAGAUAUGGCUAAGAUUUAUUAUGAAACCAAUGAUGUUGCCUCUGCCAUUGUGAUUAUUGAAGAAGCUUUUUCCAAGCAUCAGAACCUUGUGGCAAUAGAAGAUGUUAAUAUCGCUGCUGAGCUGUACAUCUCCAACAACCAAUAUGAAAAAGCACUUGAGGUCAUUACUCAGUAUUCUGGGAUUACGCUGAAUAGAAAAGAAAACAGCACUCCAGAAGACAGUUCAGAAGUUACAUGUCAUGUGCCUGAAGGAGUUCCAAUAGAUAUUACAGUGAAAAUGAUGCUUUGUUUGAUCCAUCUGAAUAUUCUGGAACCUGUCAGUCCCAUGCUGACAUCUUUAAUGGAGCAGAACCCAGAAGAAAUGGGAGACUUGUAUCUAGAUGUUGCAGAAGCUUUCAUGGACAUUGGAGAAUAUAAUUCAGCUUUGCCUCUGCUGAGUGCCUUAGUGUGCUCUGAAAAGUACAAUCUGGCUGUUGUCUGGCUACGACAUGCAGAUUGUUUAAAAGGUCUGGGUCACAUGGCACAAGCUGCAGAGAGUUACUGUAAGGUGGUGGACUUGGCGCCUUUACACUUGGAUGCAAGGAUCUCCCUGUCUACACUUGAGCAACAACUUGGUCACCCAGAGAAAGCAUUGGAGGCAUUAGAACCAAUGUAUGAUCCAGAUACCUUGGCACAGGAUGCAAAUGCUGCCCAGCAGGAACUGAAACUAUUGCUUCACCGGUCAACCCUACUUUACUCUCAAGGAAAAAUGUUCGACUAUGUGGACACUUUACUUACAAUGCUCGCCAUGUUACUAAAAAUUGCAAUGAAUCGCGCACAAGUCUGUUUGAUUUCCAGUUCAAAAUCUGGAGAAAGACACUUAUAUCUGAUCAAAGUCUCUAGGGACAAAAUUUCUGACACCGAUGAGCAGGAGACUGCAAAUUCUGAUGCAAAAGCGAUAUUUACUAUACUCUCCAGUGUGCUUUCCAAAGAUGAUUGGUGGAACCUCCUUUUAAAGGCAAUUUAUGCUUUAUGUGACCUUGACCGCUAUAAAGAGGGAGAGCUGCUGGUAGACUCUUCUUUGGAGUAUUAUUCAUUUUAUGAUGACCGCCAGAAACGGAAGGAGCUAGAAUAUUUUGGACUUUCCACUGCUAUUCUAGAUAAGAACUUCAGAAAAGCUUACAAUUACAUAAGAAUAAUGUUGAUGGAAAAUGUGAAUAAACCUCAACUGUGGAAUAUCUUCAAUCAAAUCACAAUGCAUUCUCAAGAUGUGAGGCAUCACCGCUUCUGCCUCAGGUUGAUGCUCAAAAAUCCAGAAAACCUUGCACUGUGUGUCCUUAGUGGUCAUAAUGCCUUUGUAUCUGGCAGCUUCAAACACGCACUUGCUCAGUAUGUCCAAGCCUAUCGAAUGAAUCCUGAUGAUCCUAUGUACUGCCUCUGCAUUGGAUUAACAUUUGUCCAUAUGGCAUCCCAGAAAUUUGUGUUAAAAAGACACGCUCUGCUAGUACAGGGGUUUUCAUUUUUGAAUAAAUACAUUGAUUUACGUGGCCCUUGCCAGGAGACUUACUACAACCUGGGCCGUGCAUUGCAUCAGAUGGGUCUAAUACAUUUAGCAAUACACUAUUAUAAGCAGGCACUCGAUCUGCCACCACUUCAGUUACAGGGAAUUGAUGAGGACCAAGUUGAUCUUCGGAGAGAUAUUGCCUUCAAUUUAUCUCUUAUUUAUCAGGCCAGUGGUAACACAGAAAUGGCUCGGAGGCUCCUGUAUACUUAUUGUGUUAUUUAAUGUAUUUUUUAAUUUUCAUCUGUACAUUAUUAAACGAAAUGUAUUU